GCAACAACGCUGGGCUGGAAAAGCAAGUGUUUAGCAGAUGUUUCAUUGAUGUGGUGAAUUAAACGCAGAAUACACAAAGCAGUCAGUUUUACAGUGAAAUGAGAGCAUCAUGCAUGGAUAUAAAGACUAUCGCAAUACAUGAAAACGACAAAAAAUACAUAUUUUUUAGAUUUGUUAUAGAGGUAAACGGCUAGGGCUCUGCAGCUAAUAUUAAAUCCCUCCUCGCCGACCGUAAACGCCGCAACCGACGAACAGAUGGCCCGUGCUGCGUUCACGGACAGACAGUUGGCGGAGGUGGCUGCGUACCUCCGCUGCUGUGCGUCACUGCCGUUCAUCUCCCUCUGUCACUCUAGGCUGUGAUGGCGGAGGCGAACGAUACCGACGUAAUGAUGAGCUACCACGGUGAUUUCCCAAAAAACGACAGAAAAAGCAGCCGCUACCCUUUCUGCGUUGUCUGGACACCUAUUCCCAUUUUAACGUGGGUGCUCCCCUUCAUCGGUCACAUGGGCAUAUGCACUUCUGCUGGAGUCAUACGAGAUUUCGCAGGGUCAUAUUUUGUCUCGGUGAGCACUGCUUUUGCAUCGAGUUUUUCACAUCACCGCAUAGAGACUAAUGUUAAAGUGCUAGACCUUCUCAGUAGGAGUCUCAAGCAUAGAUUCGCAUUAGAGGAGGAUAACAUGGGGUUUGGUAGACCCACAAAGUACUGGAAGCUUGAUGUGGAUAAAGUGUGUGGUAAUGGUGCAGCUACAUGGGACAAAGCGGUGCACGAUGCAUCAGAGGAGUACAAAUGCAGGCCGCACAAUCUAUGCUUUGAUAACUGCCAUUCCCACGUUGCCAUGGCCCUCAACCUGAUGCGCUACGACAACAGCACUUCCUGGAACAUGGUGAACCUGUGUGUACUGUCUCUCAUUAACGGGAAACACGUAAGCUGGGCCGCUUUCCUCAAGACCUGGCUGCCCUUCGUCAUGCUCAGCGGAGUGCUCGCCACCUUCAUCCUCACGUUUAACUUACAGUAGUGCGGCUGGCAGUAGAACGAGCUGACUCAGGCUUUUUGGUUAUACUUUAUACACAGUCAUUGACGUGAGUGGUGCGUUCUGAUGGAACAUUUGUUUGUGCACAAACUGAGUGACUGCCUCGUCAUUUGUUGUGAUGCAUUUUCUGAGAGGGUAUUAAAGGGCAAAGCCUAACUGUUUUGUUUUUUUGGGGGGGGGGCAGUUGAAAUGAACAAUUUGUCCUUCAAUUAUCGAUAUUUUGAUUAUUUCUUAUUGUGUAUUAUGUUAGCAAGGCACGCUACAGUGUCUGCAUUUGUGUUUUUCCUUUAUUUCCCUUUGUUAAUAUUAUCAUGAAGGAGACGAUAUCCAGAUUAGACCCCAGUACAGUAACGCAUUUCAGUUGCAGAGAUGUAUUUUUCAUGAACAGCAGUGAUGAAUGUGUUUCCAGGCGAGCUAAUAUAUAUUUCAGUGACGAAUCCAUAGAAAACGGAUUGCAAAAUCUUCACGCUGGAAGUAUUCAUCAAUUAUUUGUCUUAGAAAUAUGAGCAGCUAGACCAAAGAUAGAAUGAUGGAAGACCUGCAUGUGAAAAAUUAGGGUAUUGCGUUCCCUCGAAUACAUUUUCCUCCUGAAUAAGAUGCUUUUAUGUUAAGUGACUUCUUUUUUGUUAGUUUUUGCUUUUCUGCAGUAAGAAAUUUGAAUGAUUUCCUUUUGUGCAUCCUCACACUUGAUCCUGCCAAGUUAUAUGAGCAAUAUUUGAUCACUUGUUUAUGCAUUAUGAUAUUUUAUUGUAUGUUUUUGGUACUUGAAUAAGUAUUAUUUAUUAUUGUAUGUCUGUAACCGUUUAAUAUUUCCAUUUUUGUACCAGCAUUUUGGAUUUGCUGUGUGUAGAGCUCUUUGGUUGUCUCCUCUGGCAGACUGGGAUAUAGGUGACCGGCUGUGGGUCGUCCUCUGUACCUUUAAGGGGACCACGUUUUCAUCCAGCAGACUCUGUGUGAUAUGAACUACCAUCACUUUACGGGAACCUUUAUUCCCACAGUGCAGCAGACGACGACUGAGCGAGCAGUCUUUGCCACCUCUGCAGUGUCCGAUCACUUUCGGAGAACAAAGGAUAACAGCUAAAGUUUGAUUUAUGAAUACACGUCUGUAGAUUAAACUUUUUCAGCUCUUAUUUA